UCAUUUAACUUAGGCAUCUACCAUCGAUGGCCGACGCAAAGGUGCAUGCUUGUUCUGUCAGGAGUACUUCAUGGACCUGUACCUGCUCGCUGAGCUCAAGACCAUUUCGCUGAAGGUGACGACCGUAGAUAUGCUGAAACCGCCGCCGGACUUCCGGUCCAACUUUGAUAGCACUCCGCCGCCGAUACUCAUCGAUAGGGGUCAGGCGGUGCUCGAGAACGAGAAGAUCGAGCGCUAUAUCAUGAAAUCGAUACCCGGCGGACACAACCUCUUCAUAUCGGACAAAGAGACCGCCACCACCAUCGAGAACCUCUAUAGCAAAUUCAAACUAAUGCUAACGAAGAGAGACGAGCCGUCGAAGAAGGCCCUACUCGUCCACCUCCGCAACAUUAACCAACACUUAGACAAACGCAACUCGCGGUUCCUCACCGGCGACACCAUGUGUUGUUUCGACACUGAGCUCAUGCCUCGGCUCCAACACAUCAGGGUUGCCGGCAAAUACUUUUCGGAGUUCGAGAUACCGGAAGAGUUUGGGCGCAUCUGGCGCUACAUGUAUCACAUGUACCAAUUGGACGCAUUCACGCAGUCGUGUCCGGCCGACCAGGACAUCAUCAACCACUAUAAGCUACAACAGGGCGCCCGCAUGAAGAAGCACGAAGAGUUGGAGACACCCACCUAUACGGCCAGCAUUCCCGCCACCCUACAACAGGGCGCCCGCAUGAAGAAGCACGAAGAGUUGGAGACACCCACCUAUACGGCCAGCAUUCCCGCCACCGUCGACACCAACCACUACAACAACAACAACGGCCACUGA